CGGCCAGUACUGCACGCGCCGCGCUGCCGGAAACACCUCACGACGCCUCGCUCCGCCCCGCGUCGCGUCACACGCCACGCCGCGCUGAGAUGAGCCACGAGCGCUCCUAGGCCAGCCACGCCCGCAGCUGCGCUACACGCCACAGCUGUUGCAGCAUGGUACUGGUGCUGAGCGGGGUGCUGCAGGACGAACCGCCACCAGACACGCGGUCGCUGCUGCAGGCGCACCCCAUCUACAAGGACUCAGCCCAGCAGUUCGUCGCCAUCCCCAACAAGGUUGUGGGCCCCGCCGGACUGCUCUACGUGCGCCAGCGCGAGCUCGCCGUCACAGUACCACACGACAAAAAUGUGACUAUCUUGGGGUCUGAUGAUGCUACAACAUGCAUCAUUGUAGUGCUGAGACAUUCAGGUUCAGGUGCUGUGGCCCUAGCUCAUCUGGAUGGAGCAGGAACAGAGGAAUGUGCUGCCACUAUGGUGCAGCGAGUCCAGGAAGUUGGCAUGGGCUUUGCAGAGGGCAGGCUCGAGCUGCAGCUCGUUGGUGGAUUCUCUGACAGCCGACACUACUCUGAAGACUUAUUUUACAAUAUCAUGCAUGCAUUUCACCGGCAGCCAGUGGAGAUAGACCUGACACUGGCAUGUGUGGGGGAACUUAAUACAACCAUCAGGAGUGGCAUACACUGGCCUAUAGUGUAUGGUGUUGGUGUUAUCACAAAGACUGGUGAACUUUUCCCAGCAACUUUUCCAGACAAGGGCCCCGACCUGGCUCUGCGGAUUGCCAGGCAUCUUAGGGGUGGCCAGCAGGUGCUGGAUAUUUAUGACUCCAAUCUGGGUCUGUUAAGGAUUGGACCAUUCAAUUAUGACCCUCUGCGUGGAGUUGACUUGUGGCUCGAACAACCCGAUGAACUUAUACUGCAACAUUUAAGCACAUCACCUGAAGUAGAGCCACCACACUUUGUAAUGCAGAUACGUGCAACACUGAAGUACAUCCAAGAGCAUCCCUUCCCAGCCAUCACGGUGUUCAGGGAUAAUAGGCCACGGUACUACCGUCGGGACGAGAACACGGGACAGUGGGUGCCGAUACGCUACUGAUUGCUGGCAAUUGUCAGCAGUGGUGCCCAUUUCUGAAACUCACCUCAAAUGGUGGGACAGCAAGUAAAGUGAAUCACUUGUGCUUCUGACACAGUUGUAAUCUUAAUUCUACGUCAUUAGUUUUCACUACCUUGUAAUCCUUUUCCUUUUUAUUACAAUGCUUCUUUUAUUUUUGAGAGAUAUUUUGUGACUGUUUAUAUUAUUGCUGUAUAUAUUACAUAUCACUAUUAUUCUCCACUGUAGUAUAGUGUCACCAUGUGAAGGCAAGGAUAGGCAUUAUUGUGAAAAGUUUUUUCAGAAUAAUUAUUGGAACAAAUGUCUGCAUGGCUGUUUAUUUCAUCAAAUUUUUUGAAAUAGAGAAAAGAAAAAUUUGCUGACCUCUCAUAAUCAGUAAUAGUGCUGUUACAGGCGUUAGAUGGAGAAGGUGUUUAAUGUGGAUCACUAGUGACAGGCAUCUUUUUAUGAAAAGUUCAGGUGCCAGGAGUGAACUGUCAUUCACACAAGUUGUUAAUACAUAUCUCCACCACAUAAUUUAUAAGAUCCCCCAAGUUGGCUGAUUAUCUGGGUUUUGCUCCCAACUACAGCAACUAUUUUUAAAGUCCAUGUCAUUACUUUUGGAAACACUUUCAUUGUAUAACUAAGUCUUGAACAUGUGAGGGCAAUCUAGUAAAUAAAGGGCAUAUCACGAUGUUAUUGCUGUGUAUUAAUUUCAUAGAAUUUGAAAGAUAUGUAGUGGAACUACUGGUGUAUACUUUAUUCUUCUUAACACUGUAACUAUUGAGGCAUUAAGCACAUGUCUUUAUCAGUUUACAUAUUCUUCAGAGUACGUGCUCAGAUGAAGACUUAUUCAUAACAGUGGAGUACAGUGAACUCUGUCAUGUAGUACUUGAUAAAUUCUCACAUUGUCUUUACACAUGAAGCAUCUAUUGAUCAGUGAUGCAGUGUGGGAACAUACACACAACAAUCUCAUGUGAAUGCUCAUCUACCAUUAGCUACUAAGAUUAAAUUUCAUGGGAGUGUUCUUUCUUUUUUUGUUUCACAUACGUAUUUACUGUUAUUUUUUAGCUUCUUUGCACUUACAUCCACAAAAGUGCAUUAAUGGUAUAUGCUCAGAAGUCUUCAAUACAAAAAUACCAUCUUUUAAUAGGCAAAACAAGUGUAACAAGGACAUUCUGUUAAAGUUGCUUUUUCACUUCUAGUAAUCAAUGAAUGAUAGUCACUGUAAAACUAUACAGGCAAAUUUCAAUACAGAAUUGUCCUCAAAGAUAAGUUGUUAAAGUCUUGACAGUUUAUGUUGAAUUGUGAUUGUUCUAAUUACCUGAUUGAUGCAUCUCUUUCUAUGUGCUUUUAGAAGUAAGUGGUAACAAAUAAAGAAAAUGGAGGCACUGUGUCGCCCUGAGAAUAUUUGUGAUGUUCAUGACAUGACUUACUUAGAAGAGAUAAUCUGUUCAGUAUACAAAUUUAUAAAAGAAAAGUCUUUUUCAUGGAAAUCAAUGAAAUGAUUAUUAUAGAAAAAAAACAAUUUUGGAGAAACUGUAUUACAGAACUGUAUUAUUCUUUUAAAAAGUACAAUUUUUCACUUGUUAUUUCCUUAUAUAACAUCAACUGAUUGUUCUGGGAAGUCAUUUGUGGGCUGCAUGUUUAUUUCCUACGGGUUAUGCAACUGACAAAUCUCCAGCAUUAUCACCAGAAGUUGGCACAAAAACAAAAGAAAUUAGGUGUAAUGCACAAUUACUUUUAAUGUGAUUCAAAUAAUGUUUUUCCUGAACUUUUGUGUUUCAUUGGGGUCUCUAAAGGAAAAUAAUGCCAAGAUAGUCACUUAUUCAAAGAAACCUACAUAUCAAUUAUUCCAUAUCUAUUGCGUGAAUGCUAAAAAAAAAAAAAAAAUAUUGUAGGUUCAUUAGUGGUUUCACAGAUAUGAGACUGAAUUCUUUUGUGGCCCACUGUUUGGGCAUGUAACUUGAAAGCUCUAUGUUAUGUUUGAUUAUACCAGAGAUUAUGCAACUUUUAGCUGUCAUUAGUGUUGGCUCUCUUUUGUGACAAAUAAUGUUUCGAGAAAUAUUUUGUUUUUAUAUAUUAAGUGACUGUUCUGGAGAAUCCAGAUUAAUUUGUAUGCUUGUAAAUUUGUUGAGAGAUUGUUGCAAAGACACAACAGCUACAGCUUAUUUGUUGUUAGUGUUCAUAUUUUAUGACAAAGUACAUAUUUUAGUUUUGUAUGUAUUUGAAGGUGUUCAGAGGCAAUGCCAUAGAAUGCCUCAUGUUUGUUACAAGUUUACUUAAAUCAUUUUGUACUAUACAAUACAUGUCUUUCUUAAAAUAUGGCAGAAAUUUACAUUAAUGAAGUUAAUUUGCCACAGAUUUGUAUUUUUGUACAUUUUAAGUGACUUUCAACAUGGAUAACAUUUAUUUUUUUACUGUAUAUCUUUGUAUCACAGUUGUCUGGCACAAUAUUAAAAUAUUGUAAAUAUCAGGGAACUGUAAUAUAAAGUUGCUAGCAUUAAAAAAAAUUACACAACUAGAA